AACACCAACGCGUGGCGAAUGUGCAAGCGACACUCUUUCUAGAAUCACCACUUCCCCUAAUACAGCACACAAUGGCACCCAUCAAGAAAGCCUAUCCCCGGGCAACGGCGAAGAAGAUUUUGAAGGCGCACUCCAACUGCAAUGCCACCAAGAACCUCGAUGUGCUGGUGUAUCUCAACUAUAUGCGGUUCAUGCAAACAGUGUUGAAGGAGGCAGCAAUCGACUCCAAGGCCUCUGGGGAAAGAACAAUUACGCCAACGAGUGUGCGGAAGGCGACUGUGGAUGCGCUAGCCAAGUUCAAGAGCUGAGAGAAGCCGCAUUGCUUCUGCCAAUUAUCGAUAUGGCCCCUAACCUAACGAUCAUAACGAGCCGACACGCUGCCACUACGAGUUUACGACACUGAUGACGGAAUGAAGAAAAAUAUCCAUGGACCAAGCGCCGGGCGUGCCAUCGCAGAACCCACGAUAUAGAGGAUCUCUGCUCACAGAGCGCCCAACAGGUCUCACAGAUGGCCCGAAAGGCGUUUCUGUAGUGGACUGAUUGCUGCGGAAAGAAUCUUGUGGUGGUACUGCGAUCGUAGUUCGUGGGAACCGGCUUGGCCAAUGCUCCCUUCUACGUGAAAGUAUCGCGCUGGGAGUCGACGGUCAGAUACCCGCGUCUCGAGUCUAUCUAUCCAUCGAGCCUGAGUCAAGGACUCUUCGUGCUGGGUUGUCAGGGAAGCCACGUGAGGGAUGUUGCCUUUCAGAGGUAGCCUGCAGCCAUCCAAAGGAUGCCUCUGGGAUGGUUAAUCGAAGACAAGAAUGCAUAGAUCUAAUGCAUAGAUAUGUCACUAUG